UAGUAUGCACUAGACCCAUAACCCUUGUAAAUACUUCCGCGUUAGAGCUCAACGAGGAAGUGUAAUUAAGAAAGAGGCAGAGCUCAGGCCAUUCUAGUUAUGCUCUUCCAAUAUGGACGGGAAAUUGAAGGCCGGACAUGUUACAUUGAAAGCUGGUGUAAUGAGAACAAAACAGAAAAAGUGGUGUGUCUUCUACAACAGAAGUGAUGACGACCAGCAUUUAGAAUUUUAUGAUAGUCCCGAAGAAGAGAAAAAGCACAAGAAAUCCUAUCAGUUAAAACAAGUGAAAAGCAUUGACACCGUCAAUAAAUCGAGCAGUAAAGAUUAUUACAUAGAUAUCCACAUGAAGAAAGAGAGACUAACUCUGUGCUUUGAAUGUGAGACUGACCUAGAAGCAUGGAGUACGAUGCUGCAUAAUUAUAUUCCGAUCAUAUCUUCGGACGGGGUUUCUGGUGCUAACAUGGCGGAUGAAGAUGAGGACGGAACAACAUUCAAACGCAACAUGCUGUAUGAGUCUUCAGAGGACACUAUCGCAUUUGAUGUGAUGAUUGAACCAACACCAGCAUCUGAUAAGAAACACCUUGAUCCCGACAAGCCCUACCGACUACUGGUUACCAUGACAAAUAUCGCUUUGGAAGAUCCAUCGCAGGAUGAAAAUCCGUUGCUCUUCCGUUGGAUGUUUGAAUUCAUACGAUCAUAUGGAACUGCAAAAACCACAGGGUUAUUUACAAUAUCUUCUGGGCGACGGUCAGAGACGGGAGAAGGGGAGUUUUCUUUCAAAGUUGCUAAUCCUAAAGCAGUUGACCAGGCUAUUGAUUUGCAAACUCAACGGAAAUUUAAUCUUAAAAUGCAGCAUUCCAGGGGCAAUGAUUCAGAAACGGGUUCAGAAAGUCUCCGAAGUUCUGCAUCAUCAAAGCGGCCUUUAAGUAGCCCUGUGGGAAAGGCUGAUAACACUGAGGCUGUCUCAAGGUCAAGUUUAAAAGGUGCUGGUAAAGCUGAAAAAUUCCAAAAGGAAUUAUCUGCAAGUAUUGCUUCCAGACAAUCAUCUGAUAAACAGAAAUCCAGUAAGAAAACCGAGGAAAAGGAAAAGGAUAAGAAAGAUGAAAAAGACAAGAAAGAGGAUAAAAAAGGGGGUUUUCAUUUGUUUGGUAAAAAGAAAGACAAAAAAGUAAAGGAACAAGAAAGUGUGGAAAGUAAAUCUUCCCCAAAACAGCAAAGACAAAAAUUUGACGAUCAUAUAUAUGAUGAAGCAGUUCCCCAAAUUCAACCCAUUUUGUCUUCUGGUGGAGAUGUCGAUGUAUAUUCUGAGGUGCAGAAAAACCCUGGUAACUGGAAAACUCAUGGUCAAAGAUCAUCUGAAAUACAUGUGGAAAACUAUGGUAGUUUGUUAGCAGCAGCUAAAGAAAACAAGGGAAAUAAGAUGGAUCCUCCUCUUAAGAACGACGACGAAGACUUGUAUGACAUGUUGGAUCCUAAAGGAGGUGAGAAGCCCAGGAGUGAGCCCCCGGAGGAGGGUCUCUACGGUAACACCAGCGGACGACCACUACAAGGAAUUCAACCAAGUAGUGAACUGGAUGAUGAAACAUAUGAUGAUGUGGCAUCUUUCCAGUCUAAACCACAUGUACAGAUUCAGUAUGAAGAUGAGGCUUGCGAGUAUGAAACUGUGGAUAUUCCGUAGAUCCAGGAAUUGGAUUGGAGAAUUGUAAAAACAAAUUCAACAACAAGUUUGCAUGAAAAAAAUUCAACUUACAUAGAAAAAAAUUGGAAUUAUAUUACACAUUCUCUAUUCUGUUUAAAAUAUUUUUUGUUGAACAUAAACUCCAGGUGGCACCAAUGGCAUCUGCAUGCAUCUGGAUAGUAUUUAUAGAA